GGUGGCCACAGAGAAGGCCAUUUAAACCCGAGACACCUGACGCACGCCGGGUCCUCUCCCGGACCGCCCAGCCCAUCCUCGGGGGCGGGGCCGUGGCGCAGCUAGCCUACUAUCGCUGGCGAAGCCCACGAACUCUCUUCCUCAUUGGCGAGCCGCGGGGUGACGUCACGCUCUCCGGACCCGCAAAGGAAGAGGGCGCCAUGAUUGGUUGGCGCUGGGGCGGCGGGCGGUGGAGGACCCUGACGAGUCCGGGUUUCCCGUGGGUGCUGGACUUUCCCCUUCCAUGUUCUCAGGCCGUGGGGCACUGCAGAGGGCGGGGAGUUGGCUCGGCGGAGACCUGGAUUUGGUUCUAAGAGCCUCGGGGUUGAGAAGGGGUGACCGGAAGUGAUCGUGGGACUGACCGGAAGCGAGGCCUGGAGGGGAAAGAGAGAGCGGGUCCCCAGAGGGAGGGGGGCUUCCCGCAGAAGGGGAUAGGGGGGGAAAGGUGUGAAAGCGGCGUGGAAGCGCCGGCUGGGCAGCGGGUCGCUGCUGCUGGUCUGUUUGGAAGGCAGCGAGUGACCCCCACGAGCUCAAGGGGAGAGCCCAAGGAUUGAGAGUACGGGAGUCCAGGGCUGCCUCGGGGGAAUCUGGAAUAGUUAAACCAAGGGCCCCGCGCGCGGCCUCAAGAGAUCUGGGUGGGAGGGAUUUUGGAAGUCGAGGCAGGAGCUAGGAGCCGAGGGUACGGCAGAUUAGUUGUGCGGGCAGUGCGGUUCAGACUUGGGGUUGGCCAGAGGGAACUGCGUGGGAGAUCUUGGUUUGGAGUUUUCGACAGUCUUAGCCCCACUGGGUAGAAUCACACUACUUGCCUUUGUACAAGAAACGGUGUCUCCUGGGGCAAGGAAGGAGCCAGCAUGGCCUGGGCUCUGAAGCUGCCUCUGGCCGAUGAAGUGAUUGAAUCUGGGCUGGUGCAGGACUUUGAUGCUAGUCUGUCCGGGAUCGGCCAGGAACUGGGUGCUGGUGCCUAUAGCAUGAGUGAUGUCCUUGCAUUGCCCAUUUUUAAGCAAGAAGAGUCAAGUUUGCCCCCUGAUAAUGAGAAUAAAAUCCUGCCUUUUCAAUAUGUGCUCUGUGCUGCAACCUCUCCAGCCGUGAAACUCCAUGAUGAAACCCUGACAUAUCUCAAUCAAGGACAGUCUUAUGAAAUUCGUAUGCUAGACAAUAGGAAACUUGGAGAACUUCCAGAAAUUAAUGGCAAGUUGGUGAAGAGUAUAUUCCGUGUAGUGUUCCAUGACCGACGGCUACAGUACACUGAACAUCAGCAGCUGGAGGGCUGGAGGUGGAACCGACCUGGAGAUAGAAUUCUUGACAUUGAUAUCCCAAUGUCUGUUGGUAUAAUCGAUCCUAGAGCUAAUCCAACCCAACUGAAUACUGUGGAGUUCCUGUGGGACCCGGCAAAGAGGACAUCUGUGUUUAUUCAGGUACACUGCAUUAGCACAGAGUUCACUAUGAGGAAGCAUGGAGGAGAAAAGGGAGUGCCGUUCCGAGUACAAAUCGAUACCUUCAAGGAAAAUGAAAAUGGGGAAUAUACUGAGCACUUACACUCAGCCAGCUGCCAGAUCAAAGUCUUCAAGCCCAAAGGUGCAGACAGAAAGCAAAAAACAGAUCGGGAGAAAAUGGAGAAACGGACACCUCAUGAAAAGGAGAAAUACCAGCCUUCUUAUGAGACAACUAUACUCACAGAGUGUUCUCCAUGGCCUGAGAUCACAUAUGUCAAUAAUUCCCCAUCACCCGGCUUCAACAGUUCCCACAGCAGUUUUUCUCUUGGGGAAGGAAAUGGUUCACCAAACCACCAGCCAGAGCCACCCCCUCCAGUCACAGAUGUAAGUCUAAAAUUAAAUAACCUUUUGCCAACGACCACACCUCAGGAAGCUCAGCAGUGGUUGCAUCGAAAUCGUUUUUCUACGUUCACAAGGCUUUUUACAAACUUCUCAGGGGCAGAUUUAUUGAAACUAACUAGAGAUGAUGUGAUCCAAAUCUGUGGCCCUGCUGAUGGAAUCCGACUUUUUAAUGCAUUAAAAGGCCGGAUGGUGCGCCCAAGGCUAACCAUUUAUGUUUGUCAGGAAUCCCUGCAGUUGAGGGAGCAGCAGCAACAGCAGCAGCAGCAGCAGAAGCAUGAGGACGGAGACUCAAAUGGUACUUUCUUCGUGUACCACGCCAUCUAUCUGGAAGAACUGACAGCUGUUGAACUGACAGAAAAAAUCGCUCAGCUCUUCAGCAUUUCCCCUCGCCAGAUCAGCCAGAUCUACAAGCAGGGGCCAACAGGAAUCCAUGUGCUCAUUAGUGAUGAGAUGAUACAGAACUUUCAGGAGGAAGCCUGUUUUAUUCUGGACACAAUGAAAGCAGAAACCAAUGAUAGCUAUCAUAUCAUCCUGAAGUAGGUGCCGGGCAUUCUAUCCUCAGUGGCUGCUGCUUCCUUCGCCCCUCAGAAGCUUCCCUCCUGAAGGGAGUCGCUAGCUAAUGGAGAUUGGAAGGUCUGCAGGAACCUGACCCAUCUGACUGUGUGUGGGGGAGUCCAGGUCGUGGAGGCAGAAUCCCAGCCAUCCCUCGGCCCAGGCUCUUGUGGCACACACAGAUUAUUGCCCAACAUGCAUUUCUGCAGCUAUAUCUUAGUUAAAAUUUAUGGACUAUGUUGUUGUUGCAUAUCAUUAGAAACUCCACACCAUUUAGGGUGUUCGUAGGGCAUAACGAUGAUGAGAAUUGUGUGAUGUUUAAUGGAAAGAUGUUAAAUUUUGUGAUACGGAGCCAUGUAAUUUUUUUUCUAAUAUAAAAGUGAACAUCUAUAUUCCUAAGACUAGAUCCUCAGUCUCUUUUGCAUCAUACAUAUUGGCUUUUGCCACAGUCGGCCCCUGAAAACCUCAUCAAAGAGGAGAAAUACAGAAAUAGAAUAGAAUUUUUCUUUUGGUUGCCCUGUGAUACCAAGACUAAUAGUAAUUUUAGCUAACAUUUACUGAGCAUUUACUUGUGCCUCGUAGUGUGAUAAAUUCUUUAAGUGGAUUACCUUGUUUAACUCCUCUUUAAUAAUCCUCUAUGAAGUAGGUAAUAAUGAUCCCUAAUUGAAGGUGAGGCCAUGGACAUAGAGCGGCUAAAGGGCUUGCCGAGCAACAGGCAACCAGCAAGCAUAGUCGCUGAAAUCCAAACCCGAGCAGUCUGGUUUGUCUGAAACGCCAGUCACGAUGCCACCCUGUGCUCGCUGCCGUCUCUGACCGUGGCUCUGCCGGCAGAUAGGACGCAACGCUGCGUGACAGCUGAGGAAUUAACCACUGACAGGGACAAACCACACCUAAAUAAUGGAGAACAGAUCAAGACCUACAAAACCUGAGAACAUACGUGCUUCUGAAGCAUCAUCGGUUGUCAGAGUCACAGACUGAGGUGGUGAAGAUGAAGAGUGGUCCGUGACUCCCCAAAUUCACUGUUCUUGACUGAGCUUCUCAGACUGUAUUUAUUCAUGCGUUUGGCCAGCCCCUGCUUUCCAUUUCCCCUCUCUGCAUCUCUCCUUGGCAUAGGAAAUUCUUUUACUUAUGUGGUGUUCUUUUAUAUAAGCUUCAUGAGAAAUUAAUUCCGACCCUUGUCACACUCUUCCCAUUUAUUUUAGUUCCUACAGACUGCGUGUGUGUGUCUGUGCGUGUGUAUGCGUGUGUAUGUGCACACAUGUGUAAGACUACGGGUUGUCUUUAUUCACAUGUAGAGUUUUAUCCAGAAAUCCCCUUUACACAUUAUGUUGAGGUGAAAAAAGAUAAUGUUCCAAGAUUCUGUAAUGGAUUUGGAUCUGUGCGUGUGUGUUUUUAAAGCAUUUGAUAAAGUUUAAAUGUUUUUAUACAGAGAAUUUUGUUCAUUAAAAGCAACCCACAAUA